AUGAAAUCACCAUUGAGCCUGUUAUACCUUGCCAUAGCCUCUGCCUCCGCAGUAGCUGCAAAGUCAGCACAUGUCUACAACUUUCCCUUCUCCUCGCGUUCCCAGCAUGCGCCAUCCCUGACGGCACCGGAAGCACGAGCGGUGUUGUCCCAUGAGCUCCAGGUUUCGCAGUUUCAUAAGGGGCUGGAGAUGCAGAUUGAUGCGUUGGCGUUUGUGAGUGGUGAGGAGGGGUUGUGGCAGGAGAAGAAGGGUGGGGUGGUUGUUACUAUCGCUGGAGUUAGGGAUCACAAAGCUAUUUUCCCUGAUACUCACCCAACUUACAACAUUGCCGAUUCACCGACCCACGAAGCAUUCGGGGAUUUGAUGACCCGGUUUAUCUCGCAAUCCGCCUCCUCUCGUGCCGAGUCUGCGGAGAGGAUUUACGUCAACACCGACGGUUCCUCAAUCUUCGUCAUCCCAUCCGGCUCCUCCAUCGCUUCCCACAUCAAAGCAACUGCAGACCUCACCACCUUCGCCUCCAAAUUCGGCAAGAAAGCUGCGAAGCACUUCGACAUCUCCAAGAAAGAGCACAGGAUGUUCAUCUCGGAGAUGUUAGCCCUCGAGUCCUAUAUUGCUGCUUCUCCGCUUCUGGAGGCUGAUGCCAGAACGUUCGUGCAGUUAAAUUCUUUGGAGGGGUUGUUGUUCCGUCACUCCUCCGACAAACACCACAAAAUCUACAAAGAGGCAACUCACAUCCUCGCUUCCCUCGUUUCUCAGCUCACCUCCACCUCCACCCGCUCUACCAUCCUCCUCCUUCCUCCCGCCCCCACGCAAUCAAGCUCCUUCCUCACCCGCCGCGCCGAAUCCGCUUUCGCAUUCGGUGAGGGCCACGUCGCUUCCUCCCUCGACUUCCCCACAUUCCAGUCCAUCAUCUCCUUCCCCACCAGACUCACCUGCGAAAACGCUACAAACUCCUGUUCCUCUCAUGGAUCUUGCCAACCCUACCGUGGCCGCGCCGACGACUGGCGCUGUGCUUGCGGCGUGACCAAAUCCAAUAACGGAUUGAAGACGACGAAGUGGGCGGGCGAGUGGUGUGAGAAGAAGGAUAUCGUGUUGCCGUUUUGGAUCUUUUUCUUUUUUGGGUUAGGUAUGGUGAUUACCGUGGGGUGGGCUGUCGGGUUGUUGAUUAGCGUUGGGAAUGAGGAUUUGGGUGGGGCUUUGAUGAGCUCUGCCAGGGUUAAGAAGGAUUAG